AUGUCCCACGCCCAGAGCACCAGCAACCCCAUCAACAUGGGCAAGUGGGAGGUCAUUGGGGAUACCGGUGCGGUCUGCAUCCACCUGGCCCUGCUGCCAAACGAGCGGUUCCUGUGCAUGGAGCGACCUCAUAUCCAUCCGUACCCCAUCAACGAGCGAACCAACGGCCAGAUCACCACCGAGCUCUACCCCGAGCGAUACAAGGGCAACUCAUCCACCCGGCUCUUCGAGACCACCCAGAUCUCCUACAACGGCUUUUGCGGGCAUCACACCCAGAUGGCCGACGGCAGCAUCUUCUUUGUCGGCGGCGACAACCAGACCAUGUACGAUGCCGCUGGCAACGCAUACAUCUCCAACGGCCGCAAGAAGCAGCGCAUCUACCGGCCCUGCGCCGACGGCGACACGGCAUGCAAGAUCGGCACAUGGGAUCUAUCGCUGCCGGAAAUCAAGGUCGAGCGGUGGUAUCCAACGGCCGCCGCGCUCUAUGACGGAUCACAUGUGUUUUUCUCGGGCUCUAUCGAGAAUCUGAUCUUGGAUUCGCCCGCCACUUGGCAUCCCGAGACCAACAACAACCCCACCUAUGAAUACUAUCCUGCCAAACCAGACAACGGCAAGCCUUGGCCUCGGCCUCUGGACAUUCUUCGACACAACUACCCGUACUCGCUCUACCCGAUUGCCUUCCAGCUGCCCUCAAAGAAGGUCUUUCUGUUUGUCGCCAACCAGACGAUGCUCCUCGAUCCCGCCACCGACACGAUCGACUAUCCCAGCAAAGUUCCUGAUGUCCCGGCCGACUUGGACCACCAGCCCUGGCUGUAUCCCUACACAGCGCACGGCAUCCUGCUCCCGCUCAAGUACCCAAAGUACGAAGCCACUGUGCUGCUCUGCGGCGGCAGCAAAAGAUCGACUCCGGAUGCCUCGGAUAUGUGCAUCAGUGUCCAGCCCGAUGCCGACAAGCCGGUCUGGACUGUGCGCAAACCGCUGCUCUCGCCGCGCCUGAUGAUCGACGGCGUGCUGUUGCCGGAUGGUAAAAUUCUCUAUAUGAACGGCGCCGGCUGGGGCCUUGCCGGAGGUGAUGCCGGAACUGCCCAGUAUGCCCGCAGCGUGAACUACGAGGCCGAGAUUUUCGAUCCCGAAACAGACACCCAUGUUCGAGUGGCCUCAGCCUCGGUCAUGCGAAUGUACCACUCGACAGCGCUGCUCGCCCCGUCGGGCUACGUCUACACGGCCGGCUCCGAGAUGCAGAACGUCGAGGACAUCUGGGGCAACACCGAUGUGCCCUUCCUCGGGGCCAACAAUACCUGCGACCCCAUGUCGUAUUAUGGCGACUCAUCGCGCAAGCUUGAUCUGACCAAGUGCCGAUCGCCCUUUGGUACGGCGAUGGAACGUUUCACACCUCCCUAUCUGCUCACCAGCAAACCCCGGCCUGCCAUCACGAGCGCCCCAAAGAAGGCCACCUAUGGCUCCUCUAUCGCCGUCCAGAUCGAUCCCAAAGCCGUGCGCGGCGGCGCCAUCAGUCGAGUCACUCUCCUCCGCUACGCAAGCACCACCCAUCAAACCAACUCGGACCAGCGCAUGAUCGAGAUCGAGAUCCUGGGCAAGACCGACGAUACCCUCUAUAUCAGCCUUCCGCCCAAUGGCGCCGUCGCCCCACCGGGUAACUGGAUGCUCUUUGUGCUUUCGUCCGAUGGUGUCCCGUCUGUGGCGGCCACUGUUCUCCUGGGCGGCGGUCCCGCAACCCAAGUCAGCAUCCCAAGCAACGCUCGCUCGCACGCUCCAUUCUCUAAGCUUCGCUCGGCCCACGAUCUGGCAGGAGCCGUGGCUAUAGCUAUGGCUGCUGCGGUCUUGAGCUCGUUGGUCUAG